AUGAAGAUUUUCCUUACACUCACAUAUGCAAUUCCAGCUGUAAUUGGUGCGGCAAUAACCAAUCGCGACCACCAACGUCGUGAUUCAUCAUUGAAUUCAUUUGCUGAAUCUCUCUACGACUUAUAUCCGGAAUGUGCCAAACCAUGCCUUGUUCAAACUAAUUUGAAGAAAUCUUGCGCUUUGCAAGAUACUAAAUGUAUUUGCCAAGUUCCUGCGUAUUCUUCAGAAUUAGCCUUGUGUAUUACUGAAAAGUGUCCGUCUGAAGAUGUUAUUUCUGCUACAAGAUUGACCGCUUCCCAUUGUUCUGAAGCCGGGGUCAAGAAUCUGUACUGGUUUAUGGAUUCUACUCCGCAAUAUGCUUUGGAUGAUAUCGUUGAUGUACUUGCUGCUCGUAACAACCUUGUCAACCCAUUUGGUCAAGAAACUCCUGUUAAAGAAUCAAUCAAUCCUGAAGCAUCAACUAGUACUGACACUACUCCAGUUGAAUCCACCCCUGCUGAAUCUAGUCCAGCUGAAUCCAGUCCAGCUGAAUCCACCCCUGGUGAAUCAACUCCUGCUGAGUCUACUCCUGCUGAGUCUACUCCAGCUGAAUCCAGUCCAGCUGAAUCCACCCCUGGUGAAUCAACUCCUGCUGAGUCUACUCCUGCUGAGUCUACUCCUGUUGAUUCUACUCCUGCUGAAUCAACCCCAGUUGAAUCAACCCCUGCUGAAUCAACCCCAGUUGAAUCAACCCCUGCUGAAUCUACUCCUGUUGAAUCCACCCCAGUUGAGUCUACUCCUGCUGAGUCUACUCCUGCUGAAUCAACUCCAGCUAAAUCUACUCCAGCUGAAUCUACCCCUGCUGAAUCUACCCCUGCUGAAUCAACUCCAGCUGAUUCUACUCCUGUUGAAUCCACCCCUGGUGAAUCAACUCCUGCUGAGUCUACUCCUGCUGAGUCUACUCCUGUUGAUUCUACUCCUGCUGAAUCAACCCCAGUUGAAUCAACCCCAGCUGAAUCUACUCCUGUUGAAUCCACCCCAGUUGAGUCUACUCCUGCUGAGUCUACUCCUGCUGAGUCUACUCCUGCUGAAUCAACUCCAGCUGAUUCUACCCCUGGUGAAUCCACCCCUGGUGAAUCAACCCCUGGUGAAUCAACCCCAGCUGAGUCUACUCCAGCUGAAACUACUCCAGCUGAAUCCACCCCAGUUGAAUCUACUCCAGCUGAAUCCUCUCCUGCUGAAUCUACUCCUGUUGAAUCUACUCCUGCUGACUCUACUCCUGUUGAAUCUACUCCAGCUGAUUCUACUCCAGCUGAAUCCACCCCAGUUGAAUCCACCCCAGUUGAAUCUACCCCUGGUGAAUCUACUCCAGUUGAAUCAACCCCUGCUGAGUCUACUCCUGUUGAAUCCACCCCAGCUGAAUCCACCCCAGCUGAAUCCACUCCAGCUGAAUCCACCCCAGCUGAAUCUACUCCAGUUGAAUCUACUCCAGUUGAAUCUACUCCUGUUGAAUCUACUCCAGCUGAAUCCACCCCUGGUGAAUCCACCCCUGGUGAAUCAACCCCAGCUGAAUCCACCCCAUCAGAAUCCACCCCAGUUGAAUCUACUCCAGUUGAAUCUACUCCAGUGGAAUCCACCCCAGCUGAAUCUAGUCCAGUUGAAUCCACCCCAGUCGAGUCUACUCCAAUUGAAUCCACUCCAGCAGAAUCCACCCCAAUUGAAUCCACCCCUGCUGAAUCUACUCCAGCUGAAUCUACUCCCGUCGCAACGUGCUCUUGCUGA